GCUUGAGAACAUAUUUGGCGCAAGCGGCAAGCAGAUCUUAGCACUGCAUGUCAGCCCGGAACGCUGGCUUUCGGACUUGCUUCCGACGCCUCCUUUAUGAACACUUUACACUGUACAGACUUACAGUAACUUACAACGCAUUCUCUCAUCCUCAAGACAAAUAGUCGGAAUAUGUCUAUGCAACCUUUCAUGGAAGAGUAUCCAGAUGCUCAAAGCAAGCCCGCUCCUGCACCGUUCGAUUCCGCCGACUCUGACAUUGUCCUCCAUUCGGACGAUGGCGUCGACUUUCGGACUUACAGAUUUUUGCUGAGCAUGGCCUCAAGCGUCUUCACUGGAAUGUUCGCAUCAUCCAAAUGCGCAACCGACCAAGCGGUAUCCAUCGUACCGCUCUAUGAGCCGGCCUCCCUAGUGACAGUAUUCUUGACAUUCUGCCACCCCAACUUAUCGUUACCAACUGCGAAGUCAGUUCAGGAGGCAGCUGAAUGGUACCGUAUCUUGGAUAAAUUCCUCGUGGAGCCAGGAAAACAGUGGGCGAGGCAAGAGAUAAUGAAGUUUGUGGGAGAAGAACCAGUGGCAGUCUACGUCCAGGCUUGUCGAUUCAACUGGAAAGAGGAGGCCGAACACGCCGCACACCAAACACUGAAAUUUCCACUCGGUAAACUGACCACGUCGUACAACGCUGGACUCUCCAUUGUACCUGCACAGACAAUGCAGCCUUUAUGGAUGUAUCACACGAUGUGCACUGAAACGAUGAUUAAUGUCCUGACCGACACCUACUGGGCGGACUUCUGGUCUGAAGAGCUUUUCAAUGGACCUGAGGACGAUGGUGACAUGACACCUCCUCCAGACUCACUCUUCAGUGCCGAACCAUCCUUCUGUUGUUCGACGAAGACCUUCAACCUAUAUGGCCUACCUGCCAUGCGCCUGUACGUGAAGAAGUGGUGGUUCGCUUACAUCGACGACGUGCGUGCGGCCCUGAUGGAAAUUCCUGAUAUCGACAAAGCUCUGGAACCGGAGAGGUUCUUUAAGGCCAUAAAGAUCGCUGGAGAGUGCAAAACCUGUUGUCCACAAGCAUUGCCUAAGCUCACUAGUUUCGCUCGAUACGAUCUCAUACCUGGACUCACCAGGGCAGUAAAGCAGGUAUUUGACCCUGCACUUACGUUCCGCAUGAUUCUCAUUUAGUCCUGUACAGAUAAAACCACAAUUCGAAGCAAACUAAAAACUCACGUCGCACUACGACUCGGGGUGAAAUUCUCCAGUCCCUGUCGUGUCUUUGUUCUGAUCAUUUCUUAUUCGUAUCUGCGCUCUCUGUAUAUUAUUUUUUUGCUUCUUUAAUCGCAGGUCUCCUCUUCAGUCAGGCUGCCCGACUUCAUCAAUCGUGGUUUCUUCUAAGCCUACGAAGUUCCCGUACACAACUGAUGAUAUCAUGCACAUUUGGUGUUCCCCUCGAAAAUUCGCAGAAUUAGUCACGUAGCUCAAGCAAUGUGUCAACAUACGUGUAUUCAGUCUAGAAUGACAGCAUUCACUGAUAUGAUACAUACAGUAUUAAGAUCAUGCACGAAGUGUCGACCCAAUGCGACACGUUUUCUCCCC